GGGUGUGUGUGCUUGUAAUAAAUAGCUCCGGAGAAGGGAGGGACAGAGAGAGAGGCUAUGGUGGUGGCAUUGCCAUUGGCAUUGAAAUUGUGCCACCAUCCCGAACCCUUCCUUCCUUCCUUCAUCGCCUUGUCACGUUUCAUUGGUCAUCGCAAGCCACACCGCCAUUCAGCGGAACGAAGGAAACGAAAGGAAAGAGAGAGAGAGCGAGAGGGGGGGCUUUGCACGUUUUUCCAUGGAAUUGCCCGAUGCAACAGGACGACGACGACGACACUUUCCGGCACAGAUGCUCGGGCCAUGAAGAAGCUCUCAUUCGCUCUCAAGGGAGGACGGUAGCGGUGUCGUUGUAUUAGUAUUAGGCGUGUAGCGCUGCUGCUGGUUUUCUUUUUAUUUCGAUUUCGCAUUGGCUGGUGUGAGCGAGCAUAGAGGAUCGGUGAGUUCGAUGGUUGCGCGGAGGAAAGACGUUGGAGGAGCUUGAGUUAGGGUUCAGGAAGGGGACGACAUGGGGACGAGUGUGCAGGUGACGCCUCUGAGCGGGGCGCACUCUGAGGCUCCUCUCUGCUACUUGCUGCAGGUGGACGGAUUCAGGUUUCUGCUGGAUUGCGGUUGGACUGAUAGUUUCGACCUGUCGCUUUUGGAGCCUCUCAAGAGUGUGGCCCCAACAAUCGAUGCUGUUCUUUUAUCUUAUCCGGACACCAUUCAUCUGGGCGCAUUUACCUAUGCCUUUGCCAAGCUCGGGCUGCAAGCCACUAUGUAUUGUACGUUGCCGGUGCACCACAUGGGACAAAUGUAUAUGUAUGACCACGUCCUUUCUCGGAAGGCUGUCUCCAAUUUUGAUUUAUUCACCCUCGAUGAUGUGGACACUUCUUUUGCGAACUCGGUUCAGCUCAAAUAUCAACAGCACUAUCAGUUGCAAGGCAAAGGGGAAGGGAUGACAAUCACUCCUUAUGCAGCGGGCCAUCUCUUGGGUGGGACUAUCUGGAAAAUUACGAAGGACACUGAAGAAAUUAUCUACGCUGUGGACUUUAAUCACCGCAAAGAAAGGCACCUAAACAAGACCGUUUUGGAGAACUUUGUGAGACCAGCAGUGCUCAUUACUGAUGCAUACAACGCCUUGAAUAACCAACCUCCGCGGAAGCAGAGGGAUCAAGAAUUUAUUGAUAUGAUACUUAAAGUGCUUCGAGCAGAGGGCAAUGUUCUGUUGCCUGUUGAAACAGCAGGGCGUGUGCUUGAGCUCAUCUUGCAUUUAGAAAGUAACUGGGCGCAUCAACGACUUAGCUAUCCUGUUGCUCUUCUCACCAAUGUGUCCUACAGUACUGUGGAGUUCGCUAAGAGUCUGUUAGAAUGGAUGAGUGAUUCCAUUGCCAGAUCUUUCGGAAGCUCUCGGGAAAACUCAUUUCUUCUUAAGUACCUCAAGUUGUGUCAUGAUCGAAAGGAGUUCGAUGAACUACCUUCAGGUCCUAAGGUUGUUUUUGCUUCGAUGGCCAGCUUGGAGGGUGGGUUUGCUCGUGACUUGUUCGUGGAAUGGGCCACAGAUUCUCGAAAUCUUGUGCUUUUUACUGAACGUGGUCAGAUGGGAACACUUGCAAAGAAACUGCAAGCUGAACCACCCCCAAAGAUAGUGAAAGUUACAAUGAGCCAAAAGAUUCCUCUGACUGGUGAAGAACUUCAAGCUUAUGAAUUAGAGCAAAGACUUAAAAUGGCAACUGAAACAGAAGUCGAUCUCGUGGAAGAAGUUGGCCCUAAUUCACCUGAAGCUAAAGCUGUAACUGGCCCUCUUCCUCUAACUGUCGCGGAACCUGGUGGUGGUGUUCCAUUGGGUGUUGAAGGUUCACUAGCCACGAAUGAAAUACCGUCACAACGUCAGAUACUUAUUGAUGGUUUCACUGCAUCAGACAAGACUGCGGGCCCGAUGUUCCCCUUAUACGAGAAUCCAAGUGAUUGGGAUGAGUACGGAGAAGUCAUCAACCCUGAAGAUUACCGCGUUGAAGACACAGAAAUGAUGGACUAUCAAAGUUCUCAACAGGCGCCUGUUGCUGACGUUGAAGACAACACAGAUCAGGAGGCGGAAGCGAUUCUUGCUGACAGGCCUUCGAAAGUUGUCGUUAAAGACUAUACAGUUUAUGUGAAGUGUGCGCUGUACUACAUGGACUUUGAGGGGCGCUCCGAUGGCCGCUCCAUAAAAAACAUUCUGGCUCACGUUGCUCCUAUCAAGCUUGUGCUUGUACAUGGAUCAGCAGAAGCCACAGAGCAUUUGAGGCAGCAUUGUGUGAAAAAUGUGUGUCGAGAUGUGUAUGCCCCUCGCAUUGGUGAAACUCAGGAUGUCACUUCAGACCUGUGUGCAUAUAAGGUGCGUUUGACGGAGCGGUUAAUGAGUUCUGUGUUAUUCAGAAAGUUGGGAGACUAUGAGGUGGCGUGGAUAGAUGGAGAGAUCGGGAGCCAAGAAUCAGAGGGGAUGCUUCCGCUGCUUCCAUCUGAAACACCUCCACCCCACAAGUCGGUUUUUGUCGGUGAUUUGCGCCUCGCAGAUUUUAAGCAACUUCUGGCCACGAAAGGCAUUCAGGCCGAGUUCGCUGGUGGUGUACUUCGAUGUGGUGACGCAUUUGCAGUGAGGAGGAGUGGUGGAAGCCAGCAGUUGGUCAUUGAGGGCCCUUUGUCAGAAGAAUAUUACAAAUUACGGGAUCUUUUGUAUUCUCAGUUCUACAUGCUAUAAUAGCUUCCAUUUUAUUGUGAAAGCUCUACAGCCUGCGUAAACCUGGAAGAGGAGGGGUGAAGGAGACGUCAGAAUUGGCACCCGCACUUUAGAACCUUCACUGUCCUCUUACAGAGAAGAAAAGAGCCUUUUGUUACCAUGUAUGCAUUACAUUUAGUUGAAGUAGUAGUGUUGUACCAGACUCUCUUUCCUUCCACAUGCAAAAUCUCAAGAAAGAUUAUAUUUGCAGGAUACUUCGUACAAGGUGUUCUUUUUAAAGAGAGACAGCUCACAUAGCUGCUGAAUAUUCUGUCGUUGUCGAAAGGAAGAAACGAUGAGAUUCUCCGGAAGACUUUCUUAACUGCAACUGCAUAAUAGAUCGAAGAUCAUCUCACAAACUUUUCUGGGCUGGUGUGUAACGUUGACCGAGUAUAAGUUGUCAUACAAUUUAACGAUGUGUCGCCGAUCUCUUACUACUA